AUGGCAGACGCACAUGGACCGUUGGAUGAGAUCCCGACAGAGAACUAUCCCCCUCAGAUCACAUAUGCGAACUAUGUAGCUACUAAACGCAUGAUAGACCAAGUCAUCAACGAGGAUCAAGAAUAUGUGAACUGGAAGCUAAAGAAUCAUAGGACAGGGGGGACGAUGGACCAGUACAUGGUGAGAUACCAGCGAGAGGCUAGCGAGCAAAUUCAGGACGAGACAGAUGGCGAGGGCCAGGAUGCAGAAGACAGUGGGAAGAUAAAUGAAGUUCCCAAGUGGAUGAAGUUCCCGCGGGAUGUGUACAAUGAACAGGUACGAGCUCUUCCAAGACCGCGCGAGCUGGACCAGCAGGCGAUUAAAAAGUUGUUCAUGGACCACCUUGACGACGAGCAGAUGAACAGAUAUGAAGUGUUCAAACGUACCUCCCUCGCCAAGAACCAGGUGAAGAAAAUAUCAGGAAUCGUGGCUAACCAGACGGUGGCUGCAAACGUCAACCUGCUACUCGGAGGUAUAGGCAAGAUAUUCGUCGGAAAGAUCGUCGAGAAGGCCCUCGAUGUGAAGCACAAAUGGUUGCUCGGGCUGAUGGUUAACAAGUUCCAUGAGCGUAAAGUAAUAGGAUACAAACUAAAGAAGCACCUCAAAAAACUGACGUUGUUGGUAGAAGAGGGCGACGGCAUCGAAGACGAAAUUAUGGAGCAGGAAAGUGACAUAUGUGAUGACGAUAGUAAGGAAGAAGCUACAUUCGUUCAUACAAGUAACCGUCUGCUAAAAACCACCAAAAACAGCGAGGAAAUCCGCAAAGGCAUAAUUAGCCAGUACAACCAGCUAGUGAGGCGAUUCAAUAAGCUCGACGUCAGUGUCGAAAAGUACGUCAAUAGUCCGCUGCUUCCAGAGCAUAUACAUGAAGCAUGGAGGCUCUAUCGUAUAGAGAGUGACACCGUUCCCAGCGACCAAUGGCGGACACAGGGCGAGGCAAACGGCUUACUUUUUAGAUAG